GAGGGACCGACCAUUCUAAGCCCUCUUCAUCCUCCCCAAAAAUUUAAUGAUCAGAAGACGAAAGACGAAACCAAAAGAGUUUCGUGCAGGAAGGCAAAUAGAGAAAAUCAAAAUUUGUGGCAACUGGAAAAAAAGUCAAUGAAAAACAAGGCAACUACGAACAAAAAGAAAUAGACGCAAGGAACGAAUGUAAUGAAUGGAAACUCGCAGACAAAUAAAAAUUCAGUGGCGGGUAUGUAAAAUAAACC